AUGGCGAGGGACAAGCUGACAGGUGGUGCCUCUGGCGGGCUGCUCCCUGGUGACAGUGGAGUGUCCAGGGACAGGGCUACCUUCACCCUGCUUGGGAAGCUUGGCUCCAAGAGAACGCUCAGCAACAUCCAGACGGCCACUCAGGACAUCUCUGACAUCCUCUCCGGUGAGAAGGAGGUGGGCCACCUGCUGUGUGAGGGCUGCACCAACCUUCUAGAGCAGCUGGAUGCCCAGCUUACGGUGACAGCGACUGGCAGGCAGGUGCUCCUGUGCUGCGUGGGGACAGGGUAGGCCGGGGGUACCGAGGACGUGCAGCUGUGUGCGUGGCUGCAGAGCAUGGUGCUGGAGGAAGCCAGGCUGGUCCGGGAGCUGGACGAGAUGGAGAAGGACCGGCAGAGCAUGGCCGCCGGCCUGGACGUGGUCCAGGCAGAGACACAGAUGCUGCACCAGCAGGACGAGCAGCAUCAGAGGGACUAUAGUAAAUUAGACCAGCAGCAACUGGAGCUGCAGGGUGAGCUGCCGAGCAUGGAGAACCGGCUGCAGCAUGUCCAGGUCCAGGUGGGCUGGCUGGAGAAAACUGAUGCCUUCGGUGCCUCGUUUAGGAUCUGGCACGAUGGCCCCUUGGGCAUCCUCAAUAACUUCAGAUUGGGCUGCCUCCCCACCGUCCCCGUGCCCUGGAAUGAGAUUAACGCAGCCUGGGGACAGACUGCCUUGCUGCUCUUUGCCCUGUCCAGGACGAUUGGCCUGGAGUUUCAGAGGUACCAGCUGGUCCCCUGUGGAAACCAUUCCUAUCUGAGGUCUUUAGCAGAUGACCUUAUUGAGCUGCCCCUGUUCUGCAAGGAAGGGCAGAGUUCUUUCUUGUAUAACAAAUUUGACCGGGCGAUGACGGCUUUACUGAACUGCAUGCAGCAGUUCAAGGAAGAGGCUGAGAAAGGUGAGUUGGGUCUCUGCCUGCCCUACAGGAUUCACGUGGACAAAGGCCUGAUGGAGGACCCUGGGAGUGGGGGAUUCUACUCCAUCAGGACCCACCUGAACGUGGAGGAGCAGUGAACCAAGGCACUUAAGCUCAUGCUUACAAAUUUCAAGUGGAGUCUUGCCUGGGUCUCCUUAAGGUACCAUCAAAAAACUUUUCUAAGAGGACAAGGGAGAUUAACAGCUAAAUUGUGAAACUGAAAGGCAUUGCAUGAUUAUGAUUUUAAAAAU